AUGGAAGGCUCACACGGAUUUGGGAUUGAGACCAUCCUUUCCCAUCGACCAGGAAGCCCCGAGCUUGCUCACGGGGACCCAUUGAUGGGGGACAGCAGGUCACCUCUGGAGCUCAGUCCCAGGUCUGAAGUUAGUAGUGGUUGUUCUUCACCACCUUCCCCAGCCAGGGAGUGUCUAGAAGCGGUCACCAGCAGGCAAGGAGUUUCCCUAGCCAUGGAGUGCAACCUUCAGCCUGGGGUCCAUCUCUCUGCCCCAUCUCAGUCCAGAACUGUCACCUCUUCCUUCCUGAUCAGGGACAUUCUAGCGGACUGCAAACCUUUAGCAACCUGUGCACCCUACUCCAGCAAUGGACAACCAGCACAGGACUUGGGACUCUGCUUGUCCACUAAAAGUGGGGAUGACUUUAGGGACAAAAUGGACAAGAGCAACAGUUCCACAUCUUCAGACUCUGAAUACAAAGGCAGAGGUAAGUCACCGUCACCCCUUCAGAUUAAACAAGAACCCUGAAUGUCAAUUUUCACUUGUUGGAAGUUGUUCCACUAAAAGGAACCACUACUUGCAGACAUCAAAUAAUGUCUGAACAGUUUCCAAAGUAUCAGUUCCUGGUGUGUCGAUUUAUUGAGAAAUAAGGAGUUGAAACAACACAUUUCGAGUGUAAAUAAUUAUGUAAUGUUAUUGAAAACAUUCUUAAAAGGUAACAUUUUUUAUAAUCUAGAAAAAUUCGAGUCUAGCUAUUUUGUUGCUUGAAAAGACAAGGAAAUACCUAUUCUCAGAACUAGAUAAAUAUUCGAUGGGCUUGAAUUUCUAGAAAGAACUGAUGCCAUAAUUGUUUAUAUAUUAUUGGUCCAUUAAUUAAAUAUUUGAACAUAACUAUGGGUGGUGCACAUACUCUAAUCUCGGUUAUAAAAUUAAAGUCUAGAAGUGGAAUAAUCAGUGAAUCCCAGGGCAUCAGAGACCCCUUAGAGGCUUCAUUAUCAGCCAGAAAUAUUAGGAAUAAAUAUGUAAGGAAUUAACAUAAAAGCAAAGACCCAAAUUAGUCAUAGAGACAGGAUCCAUCUAUUACCAUGCAAUUAGGAGACAACUGGCAUUAAACAUUAAACUGACAACCAACAUUAGCUGUUAUAAUCCACACACUGUGCAUUGCAUUGCUACUACAUAAUACUGCAAAGGAUAGAUAGAUAGAUAGAUAGAGAGAGAGAGAGAGAGAGAGAGAGAGAGAGAGAGAGAGAGAGAGAGAGAGAGAGAGAGAGAGAGAGAGAGAGAGAGACAGAUAGAUAGAUAGAGAGAGAGAGAGAUAGAGAGAUAGAUAGAUAGAUAGAUAGAUAAUUUGUAUUUUCUGGGAAUACUCAGAAUAAUCUCCAAUAUUUGAUAGAUUUUGGAAAACAGUUGUCUUUACUCUUUUUUUUUCUUAAUAUACUCGGUUUAUACUUAAUUGGUCGGAUUGCAGUAAACCUUCCAUGUAUCCAAAAUGAUACUUUGCAUGCAUUCUAUCAAACAAAAGCUCUAAACUAUAUUUAUUAACCCUUUGCACACAGAUCCCAGGGUUUCACUGCAACUUUUUGUAACCUGUGUAAUAUUUAUUCAAAGAAGUGAAUGUUAGUUGAAAAUAAAUGAAGUCUGCGCUGAUACACAAUAGUUAAAUUGGCUAAAUUGUGUAGAUAGGUAGAUUAUGAUAGGUAGAUAUAUAGAUAGAUAUAUAUAUAGAGAGAGAUAGACAGACUGACAGACAGACAGAUAGAUAGAGACAGACAGAUAGAUAGAGACAGAUAGACAGACAGACAGACAGACAGACAGACAGACAGACAGACAGAUAGAUAGAUAGAUAGAUAGAUAGAUAGAUAGAUAGAUAGAUAGAUAGAUACUAUGAUUUCUAAAAUACAUUUCUGCUGAGAAGUGAUUUUUACAGAGUAUUUCUUGAAGGGAAAAAAAUAUAUUAAAAAAAUCUCAAUACAUAACUAGGUAAAUUACAAAAACUAUUUUAGAAAUGUUAUGGUAUUGACAAAAUCCGUUAAGGUUAUAUGACAACACAUAAUAUAUAUAUUAAAUAAGGACUUCAUUAUUUUACAACUAAAUCCUUCAAAACAACAUCUCAACAGGCGAGCAGAAACACAUAAUACACACAUACACACACACACACAUACACACUAUUAUUAUUAUUAUUAUUAUUAUUAUUAUUAUUUUGCAACUCAUUUCAUAUGUGUAUAUAUAUAUAUAUAAAAUAAAUGUGCAAUAUAUUUAGUACACUUAGGUGUAUACUAUGUUACAUCUACAAACAUUCUUAUAUACAUUGUAAAUAGAUGAUAAUGUAUUUCGAGAUUGAAUCAAUAAGAAACUUAUCCACACUGAUUUAAUAAAUAGAUAAUAAAUAGAUAAACAUUUUGCAAGUGCUAGCCCGGAAGGGCCAAUGUAUUCGUGUCUGUAAGGCUGGUGCAUCUAUUGCAGCUAACAGGUUAAUAAAUCCGCAUUACUGCUUUAACUCUCAUGUACAAGACUUUGACAAAUACAUCUGGUCCUUGUCCUUGUGUAAUGUAUUUAUCACAAAGACCAAUGCUGGACACAUUCACAAUCAAAGCAUUUCGUGUAACACAACUUACAUGACAUCUUCAGCCCAAUCAAUUAGUUUAAUCAUUAUGGUUCUUAAAAUCAGGAGUGUUUUACUUUUUCUACCUUUUGGCAUUUGCAGAACCUCUGACUGCCUUUAAUUGUACAUUGAACGAAAUAGGAUGAAACCUUGAGAUUUUGGUUCAUUUCUAAAGAGAUAUAAUUCUAUUAUUUGAUUCCUACUUGGUUGGUUGAAUGCAGAAUUUCUGGUUAAAGGCUUUAAGCUCCCUAGUGGCUCAAUUAAAAGGAUUAUUGUUUUCCUACAGAGAGAAAUCAACUUUAGCCCUGUCACUUAUAAAGACUACUACAGUGACUUGAAUACAGACCGCUAGAAAAUUCUAAUACAGUCACUUUAACGCCCAAUGCACGCUAUUUACUAAAUAAUCUCCUUAAACUGGACUUCAUCCUUACAUAUCACCACUUAGCUCUUCUUUACAGAUCGUGUAUAUAUAUAUUUGUGUGUGUGUGUGUGUGAAUAUAUAUAUAUAUGUGUGUGUGUGUGUGUAUUUAUAUAUGUGUGUGUGUGUGUAUUAAUAUAUGUGUGUGUGUGUGUGUGUGUGUGUAUGAAUAUAUGUGUGUGUUUGUGUGUGUGUUUGUGUGUGUGUAUGAAUAUAUAUGUGUGUGAGUGUAUUUAUAUAUAUGUGUGUGUAUUAAUAUAUGUGUGUGUUUGUGUGUGUGUAUGAAUAUAUAUGUGUGUGUGAGUGUAUUUAUAUAUAUGUGUGUGUGUAUUAAUAUAUGUGUGUGUGUGUGUGUAUUUAUAUAUGUGUGUGUUUGUGUGUGUGUGUGAAUAUAUAUGUGUGUGUGUAUUUAUAUAUGUGUGUGUGUAUUAAUAUAUGUGUGUGUUUGUGUGUGUGUGUGUGUGUGUGUUUGUGCAUCUAUAGAGAUUGUAUAUUAUUAUAUUAUAAUAGUAUAGUAUAUUUCUUAGUAAAAUACUGCUUUAUUCGUACCAUAUAAUUAAACAUCAUUAAAAAUGUUCUGAAUAUUUUUGGAGUUGCAAAGUGUGGUGGGAAGCAACAAUGUAUAUUUGUAAAAAAAAAAAAAAAAAUUAAAAAAAAGAUUUUUUUUUUUAAAUUGAAAAAAAUCCAUACAUGUAUAAAGAUAUAAAUAUAUUAUUGCUAUAAUUUAUAUAUAUUUAUGUUUGAUGUAAUAUGUCAAUAUUAGUAAUUGAAUGCGUUUGUUCUCUUAACCGUAUACACUGCAGUAUAACUGUUCGAAAGUUGUUAAAUUUCGCCUAAAUAUUCGCAGUCAAAACAAAUAACAAUCCGGUCAAAAUAGUGUAAUGUCUGUUAGCAUUCGUGACCCGAAUUUACUCCAUAUUUUAAAUACAUGUUUAUAGUUGUGAUCGUACUUAUAUUUUUAAAUAUCUAUUUAUAUACAUCAAACGUCUAUAUAAAUAAAUACAUUUAUGUAUUAUACACACGGAUCCAUUUGAUGUAGUUUAAGCAUAUUAUAAUGCUAUAGGUUUAUGUAAUUAUUGUAUAAAGACUAUAAUACAAAACUAUAUAUUUUGUAUAUUUUUUAAUUGUUUAUUCUCUGGAGAUAUUUCUUCUCAAUAUUAUCAUUUUUAUAAUUCUAGUAAAAUCUGUCCCUGAAAUUGAAAUAAGCAUUUUGAUGAUAUAUUAAUUGAACAAUUUGUUUUAUCUAAUUGCCAUUACUAUAAAAGGACUAUGUUUUUAUUGAAAUGGCUAUGUUUAUAUGUAAAGGGCUAUGAUUAGAUUUAAACAGCAGUCACUAGUCUACAACAAUAACACUAUAUUAUUUUAAUAAUAACACUAUAUUUUUUUUAAUAUUGCUAUAGUAUAUAAAUAUCAAUUCCAUAUAGCAAUAUCAAUUGGUAAUAUUAAUAUUUCAGACUACGUUUCCGCUCCAAAGAGUGUCUUCCUCAGACAGGGCAUGGGGCUGGUAAUUCCCACGUGCUGAAUUCACUAUCCCAGAUAAGAUAUGAUAUUUCUGUCUGUUUCUUUGCAGUGAAGGAAGAGGGGGACCGAGAAAUCUCAAGCUCCAGAGAUAGCCCGCCAGUGAGGCUGAAGAAGCCAAGAAAAGCCCGCACCGCAUUCACUGACCACCAACUGGCACAGCUGGAGAGGAGCUUUGAGAGGCAGAAAUAUCUCAGUGUACAGGACAGGAUGGAGCUAGCUGCCUCUCUUAAUCUCACUGACACCCAGGUGAAAACCUGGUACCAAAACAGGAGGUAAACAAUCUAUCAAUAAUCAAUAGCAAAACCACACAUUGUCAAAAAGUCAAACAUUGUCAAAAAUAAAAACACAAAAUGUUUUUUUUAAAAAACACUUAAAAUAAAGCAAAUAUGGGCAAAGUGUAGCAGCUACUGUCAAACUAAUAAUCCCUUAGUGUUGCUCAACAAUGUUGCUUGUAUAAAGGCAGAUACAAUGUUCCAAUUCUGGUUUAUAGGAAAUGAAGAGUGUUUAAAUUAUAUUGUUUGUCAUUUUGUAUUAUAUUUUUAUUUAUAACAUACACUGUAACAUAUAACAUUAUACUAUAGAGUAAAAUAAUCUACUCAUUUUUAUAAAUAAAUAAAUCAUUUGGCUGGUAGAUCUAAUUUAGCACUUCAUGGAUUUAGACAAUAUCUAUAUUCUAAAAUUGGACUGUUUAUUUUUGUAAUUUUUUUUAAAUUAAGGAUAGAAAGGACGUAGAGGAUAGAUCCAGCGGUGGGUUUUUUUUGUGUGUGUUUUUAAAAAAAAAUAUUUUUAAAUUUUGUAGGCUUCUGGUUUACAUUUCACAGGGGUAUAUUAACUGAACUGCGACUUGCGGGUUAUUGUGAGCUAAAAAAAACGAUUUGCCGACUUUAGACUAAAUGAACUUGAUUCGAAAAAACGCCAUCGCAGUUAAAUUGUAGAUUUAUUUAUUUUGCUCAAAUUCAGCUAUUAUUAAAAAAAUUAAAUAAAAAAUUAAAAAGUCUGCAUUAUAAAUCGCUGUUUAGUAAAUAGACCCCCGGUAAUAAUUAUAUACAUAUAUAUCAGGUCAAUAUAUAGGUACAAUGCAACAUUUUUAAGAAUUCUAUCAAAAACAGAAACAAAAAACGUUACAAUAAAAAGUUCAGAAUCUGAUUAAAGAACAAAUAUAAAACAAAAUGAAUGUGAUAUUUUAGUGGAGACAAAAAAAAUAGUCGUCAUGUAUGUAACAUAAUAGAAUUCGAUAUUUCAUUAGACAGAGAUCAGUAUUUUCUUUAGAUCGCCUCAAUCUCCAGGUGUAAACAAUCUAUUUAUUGUUUUAAUUAUUUAAAAUACGGUCAGAUGAAAUGCAUUGUUUGGAUUUAAUGUGAAACGUUUAAGUUAAUUAAAUACCAUAUAAUCAAAUCCAAUAUAAAGUGCUUCUAAUUCUAUUUUAUUUUAACAAUCUCUCCUUUCAUUUAUCUUAAAAUCUAAUCAACAGUAUUACCCAGUUAAUUUGAGGUUUAAUCACUAAUCAAUUAAUUUUGAUGAUUGGAAUUUUGAUAAAAUGCAGGCCAGAAUAGCUACAAAAAUUUGGAUAAAAUCUUUACUAAAUCUGAGUUUGAUAAUAUAUAUAUAUAUGUUUCUAUUCUGUUAUAAUUUUUGCAACUUAAACAGAACAACUAAUACCUGUAAAUAACCUGUGUAGAUAAUUACUCCUUAUAUUCAGAAUUAAAUUCAGGCCAUAAUAUUUUUAUUAUAAUAAUUAUAUACCUAUUUCUAAAACUCAACUAAUAAUACAAGUAUUUUAGAUUGAAAUGAACUCAAAUUGGAAUUACAAAAUUCAGGCUGAUAUAAUAUUUUCAAAAACUGAUCUUUUUGCCUGCAUUUUGCAAUUUCUAUUUUUCAUUUUUAUAUUUCAGUUUUGUUUAUUGGAACACAAACAAACAAACAAACAAACAAACAAAACCAAACAUUAAAACCCCAUACAUUUAGAUUUUAAAAACUAUGCACCCAUUGCUCAAUCCACAUACUAAACAACAGUAUAAAAUGUGUAGUAUUGUAUAGGCAUAAGGCUAUCCUAACUAUAAGAUAAGGCCAGGGACUAAUGAAAGUAUUUAUAAAAUUGGGCAGACUAGAUGGGCCGAAUGGUUCUCAUCCGCUGUCACAUUCUAUGUUUCUAUGUGUGUGUGUGUUACUAUAUAUGGUAUGUGUGUGUGUAUAAAUAUAUAUUUAGUUUAUGAAGAUUGUAAGAUCAGUUAGAUAGAGAUCUCAUCUCAAAUACUUGAGUCAAUUAUCUAACCUCAUAGAAUAUACUAGAAUACUAUUUAAUGUACCUCUAAUUAUUGAACAUGUUUCAGUUAUCUUUCUCAGAAAAAAAAUAAACAAUUAGUUUUUAUCUAAUUCUAUGUAUCUAUCAUUAUUACCCACAUAAUGUGAAUAAAUUAAUAAUUGAAUAAUUUAAAAGUUGUGACAUAUAUAUAUAAACAUAUGACCAGAUCAGAAAUGGCCAGUUAUACACAGAAAUCUAAAUAUUUUAAAUGUUAUAAAUUGCUAUAUCAGCAUUUUAUAUAUAUAUAUAUAUAUAUAUAUAUAUAUAUAUAUAUAUAUAUAUAUAUAUAUAUAAAGUCUUCUAACUGUCCCCAGUAAAAUAGUAAAGAAAGUUGCACUUUAAAUAAACACUUCAGAAUAACACGUUGAUACAUUAAUAAUAAAUACCAAUUACUGCUUUGGGCAUCAAUAAUUAAAUGCCUGUUCCAGUAAUUACACAAUUAUUAUAAUUAUGAAUUAUGAAUAAUUUAGUGCUGAAAAUAGGACUAUUUCUUUUGGAAAUAGAGAGGGAGAGGCUGGGAAUAUCAAUUCUGACUGUGUAGCAUAUUAAAUUGAUUUAUUACACACAAUGUACAAUAGGUUUUGACAUUCUCUGCAAGGUGUCCUAAGGGGGUACACACUAACCUACAAUGAAGAAUUUACACAUGUAUUCCUUGGCCUUUUUUCAUAUACAUUUUAGUAUUUUUUGGGGUAUCUAUCCUUUUCUCUUACUUGUAUGGGUUUUUUUUGUCUGUUGUUUUAUAUGUACUAUAUAUAUAUUUAGAUUUUUUUUCUGCAAUUUAUUUUUUAUUUUAAUAUAUUCAAAUAUAUAUCAUAUAUAAUAGAAUAAGAAUAUAUAAAAAAAAUAAUGAAUUGCAGAAAAAAAAAAAUAUAUAUAUAUAUUGGAUAAAGUACAAAUGUUGCCCCGAAUAUAUGAAAUUAUUGCAUGAUUGUAAAAUAAAAUACCAUGAGUAGACUGUUAGAUUAAAACUAUACAUAGUUAUGUGUGUACAUAUGUAUGUGUGUGUAUAUAUAUAUAUAUAUAUAUAUAUGUAUUUUAUUUGGGCGUGUGGAUAGAUCAGGUCCCUUUAACAAAUAAAGAAGUGGCAAAAUCUACCGGCAUUGGUUGUAUAUAUCUACACUAAAGCUUUUGUCACAUUCAGAAAUACAGCCGCUGUGAUAUAUCUAGAAUCUUUUUGUAUUAUUUAUUAUUUUUUUCAAUAUAUUUAUAUAUGUGAUUUAAGUAAUCUAAAAUGAAAUAAUGUCCAUUUCUUGUAGACUGGUAUUUACAUUUACAAACCAAUAAUUUAUUAUUUAAAAUGUAAAUCUCAAUGGUCCUGCUGAAUUGUAGUAAAAACUGUUUGUAUUGUACAUAAUCUAGACAAAUGUGUAUUUGUGUUUAGGCAGACUGAUGUACUGGGAGACACUGUCACUAAUGUGUUAAUUUUCUGGAAUUGAAAGUAUAAAAUAUAGCACAGUUUAAAAAAAACAACAACAAAAAAACAUAACGGGCUUGGAAAAUGUUUGCAGUUCCCUUAUUGUGACCUAAAACUUUAAGUUUAUUUAAUAUUCCUGAAAAUUGUAAUUUUAGGGAUUAACACAGAUUUUUUACUUUUUUACAUAUAUGGAUAUAUAUGCCUCUUUCUGUACAAAAUGCCAGCCCAUGGCUCUAUUUUUUUAACAGUGGAAGAAAUUUUGUAUAAAUAUCUCUAUUAUUAUUUUCUUACCAUAAAAGCGCAGACAUAUUCUGCAGCGUUGUACAAUUUAGGAGCUAAAGACACAACAAAAUGCAGAUAUAUCAAUACAACAGCAAUGGAUCUAAAAUUUAUCAAUUAUAGCACUAAGUUGUAGCAAGAUAGUUUGUGAGCUUACAAUCUGGAGCAUGCUUCCCCAAACUCCGGUCUUUCAGAUGUUGCUGAACUAAAAUUCUCAGGCUUCUCUGCCUAUCUUUUUUAUUCAUAGAAUCAUGGGAGUUGUAGUUCAGCAACAUCUGGAGGGCCUGAGUUUGGGGAAGCCUAAUCUAGAGGAAAUGGCCGAUGAGACAAAAGAUUUUAUGGAAAAACAGACUGUGAUGGGCAGAGAGAAAGGGACAUUGAACGCAUGAAGGUUGAGAGUGGAUUAGAGAGUUUGUUAGUGAGGAUUCCAGGCCCCUCAGAGAUCAUGUUAGAAUUACAAUGACUUAUAUAACGCCAACAUAUACUGCAGCGAAGUACAAUAGAUAAACCAAGACAAACAAUUCUAACAAAACACGUUUGACAUAUGAGAACGGUAUGUGAAAAGGGCCUUGCUCCAAUCAGCUUAGAAGGUGAGAUUUGGAGGAGAACAUUGCAGUAUUUAGAGUUUGGCAUUUAUUAAAUAGUAUUAUAAAAUCAGGGCAAAAUAACUGUGCAGGAAAAAUAUUUUCAAUAAUUGUAAUUUUUUUAAACUUUUUUUUUUCUACAUUUAAGGAAAUUUCUGCUUAAAUCUUGAAACUUCACUGUCUUUUAACAACCAUUCACUAGUUUAAUGUAUAAUCAAUAACUCCUAUGUCCCUUCAGCUUUUACAAUUAUUUUUUUUAAAAAAAAUCUACUACUUCAAUACAAUACCAUAAGUGAGUCUUUUUAUUUAACACGUUAACAGAGUUGUGGUGGCCUAGGGAUGGACUCACCAAGUAUGUGGCUAAAAUAAUAAAAAUGGAAAAAUGUUUCAAGUUUGUUAGAAUUCGAAAUUUUACCAAACUCUGCAAUUGGGGCCUAAAACUUAGUUCAAAGUUUGUUCUCAAGUCACGUUAGUUUUCCAUUUAGCAGAGAGACACAAAAUGACUCAGAUUUUGUAUAGGGGCAGCUAGUAGUUAUUACUGAGCGACAUCAGGUAUUAGUGGCCGAUUUUUUGCCCUUGUUACACUACUGCCCCUUGUAUCAUCAUGGAUGGAACACUUGUUUGGGUAUAUAUUUUUUUUAAAGAAUAAACUAUAAUUUAAGCUAUGAAAUACAAUCUCUGCACAUUUUCAGUACAGAGUAGUGAAACGAGUAGGGUAACGCAAAGAUAUGUUCAUGUUGUCCCUCUCACUUCAAUGACCAGGAAGCUCACGCUAUUUUAUUUUUCCUACUCAGAUUGUGGUCUACAAUGUAUAGUAUAAUUCACUUAGAUACAUAAUUUCUUGUUUUGAUCCACUAUUGUGGUACUAUGACAUAGUGGUGGGAUUAACACGAUAUGGCCAUAUAAUGUAACUGUAUUUGUUUGCUAAAAUAGAUGAUUUUUUUGAAGGCUUGAUUUAAACCUUGUUUUUGUGUGUGUGUACCUUAAUCUGUAUUUUGUAUAUAUUUUGGUCUUUACGGCAGCCCCCAAAUCCCAUAUUUUUCUGCGUUGAUUCAUUAUUGCAACUUUGCAACCUUUUCUUAUAGACCUUAUUAAUCUUUAGCUGAUUUGUCAUUAUUAAUGGCUCAAUAGGUGUCCACCUGAACUUACACUUGCUGACCUUUCUUUCCCCUUAAAGCUGCAUCAUGAUCUCUCGACUAAUCCCAAUUAUCAGAAAGAUUAUAUUUAAUUUUCUAAAAAUCACUGUCUCUUACUGGCCUAACAGAGUGAUAGUUUCUUAGAAAGAAGACCACAGGUUGCAACAAAUAAAACCACAUUCGGAAAUGGAUAUAUUAUGAGGUAUAUUUAUCAAACUGCAGCCAUCUUGCAAGCGCAAAGCGCAAGCGCAAAGGAACACUAUAGUGUCAGAAAUACAAACAUGUGUUAUUUUCAGUGUUCUAGUACCUAUUUAGAUAUCUGGGCCCCCCUAAAUGAAAUAAAAGAAAGCAUUUUACUUACCGUAUUUCCUCCCGAGUGACAAACACUAGAGAUGGCCUUAGGAAGAGUUGUUUUUUUCUCAAAAAAGGCAGUGUUUACACUCCUGAGGCAGCAGGGACAGUUUCUCUGUGUGGCCUAGAACCACAACAUUAAGCUGUAAUGGUUCUGGUGCAUAUAACGUCCCUCUAAGUCAUGCGUUAAGGCUGGCUCAUCAGGGGUGCUCCAUAUGCUCGGAAUUUACAGAAUUAUUUAUUAAACUCAGAAUUUUAGCAGAUGUAAUCAACAUUUCCAAAUUUAGGCAAAAAUAGACAAUGCAGCUAUAGGGCAGUUGAAGAAUUGUGAAGGGCAGCUAUCUUUGUCUAAAGUUUGCAAUUGGGAAGAACCUUAUUCGUGAGCACCUCUUAUCCACAUUUAUCUGUACUCCAAAAGCCCUCAAGGUGAACAGGGUUUUAUCCUCUGAAUGAAGUACCUAAUACCCACACAGUUAACCAAUUAGGACCCCUAGUAUUUCUGUGUCUUAAAUUUAAUAUAACUAUAACGUGAUAUUUUUUAUAUAUUUAAAAAAUAAAAUAAAACUCUUACAUGUGCACGAUUGUUUUUUGGGACCAGAUGGGCAACAAGCCAGUAUUGAGCUUUGCACAUCUUUUGAAAUCAGAAAAUAGGCUGUCAGGGUUAGGCUAAUUCAAGUGAAUUUAAAAUUUUAGGAACAAAUUGUCAAUUUUGAAAAAAGUUGGCUACUCUUUUAGUUAUGCUACUCUGGACUUAAAUGUGAAAUUCACUUUGAGUUCUCACUUUUGUGAAUAACCCUGAUUGUGUGUAAUUUCCAAUCAUGAUCCCUUUAUAAUGGGUCCACCAUGGUCCAAAGCAUUGUGCACCUAAUUGUUUAAAAUAUGAGACAUUUAUUGCAAAUAUCAUCUACAGCUUCUCCACAACACUUACCAUCAUUUGGUGAUGGGGCGAGUGACUUUCUCAUUGUUCACAGUUAUUGUAUUGGUAAAAUGAUAAGUCUGCGACUAUAAGGCACUGAGGACAUCCAGUACCUAAAGAAACAGUCACCCAUUACAGUACAGUAGGAAGUGUCCCAAAGGAAAUUUUCCAGUUCCCAAUUAUAAUAAUCCCUAUAUUGUAUUUUUCUAUAAGGAAUUUUAUUUAUUGGUUGCACUGGGAAAGCAAUAAAUGUCUGUGUCUGAUUGUCUGUCUUAAUCCUUUCUCUGUAUAGGACAAAGUGGAAAAGACAGACUGCGGUUGGACUUGAACUUCUUGCAGAAGCUGGUAACUAUUCUGCCCUCCAGCGAAUGUUCCCCUCUCCAUACUUCUAUCCUCAAAGCCUUGUAUCCAACUUGGAUCCAGGAGCUGCACUAUACUUAUAUAGGGGGCCCACAGCUCCACCACCCACUUUGCAAAGACCUCUGGUGCCUAGGAUCCUCAUUCAUGGACUUCAGGGGGGCUCUGAACCACCCCCAGCUCUUCCUACCCUUACAGGAGUCCUACCCCGGGCUGCACAGCCACGGUAG